CGAAGAAGAAUAAGUAACAAGCUGGUGGACGAUGGGUUAGGUGCGAAGUAUUUCACUCAUGAUAAUUAGGCAACAAUGUCUUCAGUUGAGUGUUUGAGAGAAUUUGUCAGCGAGCGACUAACUGCUGCUGCUGAAGAAAUAUUCGGUGUUUUAAAAAAAACAAUCGUCAAGUACGAGGAAGAGAUCGACCGUCAGCGCAGACUGCUGGAUAUCGUUUGGAACCCGGAAAUAAAGUUACACAGGAUAGAGCUCCCACAGCAACAUGUCUGUAAGGAGGAGGAGGUUCUUGCUGACCAGCAGCAGCUCUGUAUUCAGGAUAUGGACUCCAGUCUGGACCAGGAAGACCCCGAGUCUGCACAGGUUAAAGAGGAACAGGAACUCUGCACCAGUGAGGAGGGAGAGCAGUUUGUACUGAAGCAGGAGACCGCUAGCUUUAUGUUGAUGCCUACUUAUGAGGAAAGUGACCACAGUGAACCAGAUCCCAAAAGUGACCAUCAGCUUCUUUCUCUCAACUCUCAUGUAGCUGAGAGCCAAGAUCAGGAAAUAGACAAGCCUGGAGACUCAGGAUCCACUAGAAAUGCAGAGUCAAAACAACAAAUUCAAAAUCACGAAAGUAUAAGUCACAGUAACAUUGUAAACAUCCCUAACUUGUCAAAGAUUCACGGUAAAACUCGCACAGGUAAACAGUCAAAAUGUGACACAUGUGGGAAAGUUUACAAGUAUAAGUCAGAACUGGAGAGACAUCGGAGAGUCCAUACAGGUGAGAAGCCAUGUUCUUGCAGCACAUGUGGAAAAGCUUUCCGAUGUCAAAGUCACUUAACAGUCCAUAUGAGAAUCCACACAGGAGAAAAACCGUUUGCAUGCACAACAUGUGAGAGAACUUUCAGACUUAGUGGUCACUUGAAAGCCCAUGUGAGAACCCACACAGGUGAGAAGCCAUAUUCUUGCAACGUUUGUGGGAAAAGAUUCAUUCAGAUGUCAGCAUUGAUUACUCAUAAAAGAAUCCACACAGAUGAGAAGCCAUUCACUUGCGAAACGUGUGGGAAAAGUUUCAGACACAGUAGUGACUUGACAGUCCACAUGAGAAUCCACACAGGCGAGAAGCCAUAUACUUGUAAAACAUGUGGAAGGAAUUUUAGACACAGUAGUGAAAUGACAUCCCACAUGAGAAGAGCACACACAGAUGAGAAGCCAUAUUCCUGCAACACAUGUGGGAAAAGAUUCAAUCAGAAUUCAGUACUGAAAGCUCACACAAGAAUCCACACAGGUGAGAAGCCAUUUACCUGUGAAAACAUGUAGAAAAGAUUUUGGAUUAAAUAGUGACUUGACAUGCCACAUUAGAAGAGCACACACUGGUGAAAAGCCGUACCUUUGCAAGAUCUGCGGGGAAAGAUGCUUUGAUGCGUCUCAUUUGGCAAAACAUAUAAGCUUGCAUCCCGAACUUGAAAAAACACCAGAGGAUCAAUUUACACAAGAGAAAACAUCGACCUGAAACUCCUGUGGAGAGUUGUUCACUAACUCAUUGUUAUUCACUUUCAAUAGCUGCAUCUCUGUCACUGACUGUAUACAAUUCCCCAUUGAGCAGAGGUCACAAUAUGCUGAAUUACAUAUUCAACAACGCCGUCACGUUUUGUUGAAUUAACCUCUUUUUUUCUCUUCAUAUAACUGCAGGACUCCUGUUUCUGUUGGCAAUAGUAUUUCUCAGAAACAAUCAUAAUCUCCCAAAUUUUUUGAAAAUCUUUAUAGCACAUUGAUUGCAUAAUUCAUGAUUUAAUUAAUAUUCUUUUCUACUUUUAUUGUUUUUAAAACCAUUUGUAUACAUCACUUCAGUUGAAUGGAUUGUGAGCUCUGAUGUUGAGGCGAAGAAAGCCUCUACUACUGGUGUUGGGUCACUUGCUAGUCUUUUCUUUUUUGUCUGCAACAUGUUUUAUAUUUUUAAAUAUAUUUUGUAAUGGCAUCAUUUUAACAUAAUGUUUGUUAUUUUGGGUUUUAGUGGUGACACACUGGUUAUAUAUAUAUUUAAAAAUUAAAUAAAAGCAGGCAUUAGCUGUAGUGUAAGGCUAUAAAGACAAAGAAAAUAAAUUGAGUAAUGAUAGACUGUGUUAUGUGAAACUGUGUCUAUCUGUAACACAUUGAUGACACUUUCACAAUUACGCAUCACCAAAUAAAUUAUGUGAGAUAUCUUAACAGUCACACAGAAAAGGAAACUGGUACUGAACAAUGUGGUACCAACACUGCACUGAGAAAGCAUGGGUCAGACUAAAUCUGACUAAAGACAUUCAGGUCAUUUCAUUCAGGAAUUCAUUUAAUUUCAAUUAGUUUCAGAAAUCAGAUUUCAAAAUAGGAAAACUACAGAUGAAUUAAAUGCCUCCAAUGCAAAAACAACAAAAAAGUGAUCUAAAUUAACUAUAGUAUAUAAAUGCAGCUCAGAUUGACAUUUUACAGAUAGACUCCAAAAAUCAAAGUCAGUGAAACUGUAAUUAACCAUGUUUUCUUUAUUAUAUAACAUAUUUCACCUUAUUUUUAAUUUUUAAUUUUAAUAUUUGUAAAUGUUAUAAAGUAUGCAACAGGUGUGCAUGUUACAUUUUUGUUUAUAAAUAUCAGAUUGAGAUUAGUUAAUGUGUAGGAAAUGGUGUAAUCAUGGUUUUCCUGUUUAUGUGCUGUUUAUACAUCAGAGGCCUGUACUACGAAUCAAGGUCAACAUGUCCUGGCUUUCUUUCAGUUACCC